UCAGUAGUUUGUUUUGAAUUUUACUGGUGUAUGGCCUAGAAACAGCCCCCUGGCCGUUCACCUCCUGCAGCCAGGGCUGCUUUGGGGCACUAAAGCCCUGCUCAAGUUUCCCAGCUGAGUUUUUGUCUGUGGUGGAUCUUGGUUCCAGGCUUCAGCGGGGCUCGGUAGAAUAAAUCAGCGCCUUUCUCGGAGCCGCCUGCAGUUUGCGGCUGCAGCCCCUGGGUGGCCCGCACUGCUCGCUGGGUCACUCCUCCUUUCUCUGCCAGCGAGCGAGCUCUUUCUCUGCCUCUCUCGCUCCCCCUCCUUUUAUUCCAGCAGUCAGGCAGCUAAUUAACUGCACAGCCCGGCCUUCAGUGCAUAAUAUUGUAAUGAGGUAGGAGGGAGAGCCACAGCUGCUUCAGCAUGAGCAGCAGGCCCUGUUCCUGGUGCCAGGAACUAGGAAGGAGCUGAUUAUUUUAAUUCUUUUUUGUUUUCCCUUUAAGUUGGCUGUAGCGUAGACGUUAGGAGCAGAUCGAGGCAGGUCCGCCGCUGACACAGAGCAUGAGCGGGGCGCCGGGGUCCUAGAGGAGCCCGGGGAAGAGCCGGGGGAGUGACCGAAGAUGGGCAACCAGGCUGGGCGAGCGGAGGAGCCUGACCAAGGAACAGUUUCAGCUGCAAAGCGCACAGGGAUUCCAGCACCCCGGGAAAUAUCAUCCUCUGUAUCCAGAGAGCGAGCUGUAUUGCGUGGUCAAGCCAAUACUAGGAAAACGCAACCCAGCCCCACCUCUUCUGGUACACUGACUCCUACCAAACACGUGCGCCCCACUAGCAAGUCCAAGCAAGAGAAUGAAACCGGUGACAAGGCUGUUCUGGAAUCUCAGGUUAAAGAACUCCUGGCAGAAGCGAAGACGAAAGAUUCUGAGAUCACCAAACUCCGUUGUGAAUUGAAAAAAUGCAAAGAGAAAGGGUCACUUAACGCUGAAGGAAUGGGUGCUUCCAACCAAAAUUUAGAAACAGUAUCACCUGCUGACAUAGACCCAUUAAUACGGACCCUUCAGGAGAAAAACAGGACUUUUCUAAAAGAGCUUGCUAGCCUGGGAGAAGAAAAUCGUGUUUUAAAAGAGAAAUUGCUUUAUCUAGAGAACUCUCCUCUCUCAGACACGACAACAAGCAGUGGAGCUGACAGCAGCCUCCCAACCCCAACUACCCAAGAGUCCAGUUUUGGAAGCCCAUCAAAAAAUGCGUCGAGAGGUGAAAUGGAUGAGCGCCAGCAGCACGUGCACGGGGGUGCGCUGCGCAAUUCGGGUUCUUCCAGCAGCGAUGUAACUAAAGCUUCCUUGUCACCUGAUGCAUCUGAUUUUGAACAUAUAGCAGAUGUACCUUCCAGGCCAACAUCUUCCAAUAGCAACCACUUGAAAGGUUCCAAAUGCUCCACUGCAGGAAGUUCUCCAAACAAUAUUAGUGACCUUUCUGUUGCAUCUCUCACAGAGAGAAUACAAAAGAUGGAGGAGAAUCACCACAGCACAGCAGAAGAAUUACAAGCCACUUUGCAGGAGCUGUCGGAUCAACAGCAAAUGGUGCAGGAGCUGACAGCAGAAAAUGAGAAGCUAGUGGAAGAGAAAGCUCUUCUGGAGACUUCUUUUCGUCAGCAUAGGGACAGAGCAGAACAAUUGAACCAAGAAAAUGAAAAGCUAAUGACUCUCCUUCAAGAGAGAUCCAAGAAUGAAGAAAACAGAGCUCAGGAGGGGAAGGUCCUUGAACUGGAGCAGAAAUGUGCAGAAGUUCUUGAAAAAGCACAAUUUGAAAGAGAGAAAUUGCUCAAUAUUCAGCAACAGUUAACCAGCAGCCUACGAAGCUUAGAAAGGGAGCAUCAAGAUGCCCAGCAGGUGAUUACAAGCCUGAGAGAAGAAAAUGAGAAGCUGCUCAAACUUCUCGAGGUAGAACAGCAGAGCAACAGCACAGUGACAAAAACUUUGGAGGACUGUAAAAUUGCCUUAGAAGGGCUAAAAAUUGAGAAUGGCUCUCUCAAGACCCAGUUAGAGAGUGAGAAACAAAAGGCUGCAGAAAUCAGCGCGAUGGGAUGUACCACAGACAACUCCGAGGUGCAAGAGAUGCUGAAAGUCGCCCAUGCAGAGAAGGAUCAGUUAGAAGCAUCUUGCACUGAGCUUAAACAAGAGCUGCUGAAGGCAAACAGUGAACUGAAGCACAUUCAGGGUCUGCUCUCUAAGGCUGAGAAUGAGUGUGCUCAGCUGAAGGAGCUGUGUGACCGGCAGGCUGAGCAACUGAGCAGAACCAGCCAGAAGCUGCAGGAAAAAACGUCGGAGAAUGAAGCAGAUAUCAAAAACCUGAAAGAGACGAUUUUUGAGUUGGAGGAUCAGGUGGAACAACAUCGUGCUAUAAAACUUCACAAUAACCAGCUCAUCAGUGACCUAGAAAGCAAAGCAAUGAAGCUGGAAGAACAAAAACAAGAUACAGAGAGGCAGCUGAAGGCUCUGACUAAACAAAUGAAGGAAGAUACAGAAGAGUGGAGACGUUUUCAAGCUGAUCUGCAGACUGCAGUGGUUGUAGCCAAUGACAUUAAGUGUGAAGCCCAGCAGGAGCUGCGUGUGGUAAAGAGGAAGCUUCAGGAGGAAGAGGAGAAGAGUGCCAGGCUGCAGAAGGAGCUGGAUGAAGUGAAGGGCAGCAACAGGCUGACAGCUGAAGAGGUAGAAUCUCUAGAGGCAGAUGCAACCAGCCGCUGGCAAGGAGUCUGCAUUAGCAGAGCAUCUCCCACACCCUCAGAGUCUGCGGCCACUGUGAAGUCCCUCAUAAAAUCCUUUGACUUAGGAUGCUCAGGUAGCACUGGACAAAAUAUCACAGUUCACAAGGUCCCCAGGAGCCCUCUCAGUGGAAUUCCGGUCAGGACAGCCCCGGCAGCUGCUGUUUCCCCCAUGCAGAGACAUUCUGUUUAUAAUAAUGCCAAGCCAGCCAGCAAGGGUGUUGCCAGACAGACAGAUCUUUCAGACCUUCCUCUUGCAGACCUUCUGAAGGGGAGAAAUGAAGAGCUGAAACCAGACCAUUACCUCCGUAAAAGCCCCUCCCUGGAAUCCCUGAGCAAACCCCCUAUGGCCUUCAGCAGCAGGAUGCUUACCUCUACCCCCAGCAGCUUCAAACCCCAAAGCAAACUCAGCGUGGAGAGAAAGGACCCACUGGCAGCCCUGGCUCGGGAAUAUGGUGGUUCGAAAAGGAACGCUCUGUUGAAAUGGUGCCAAAAGAAGACUGAAGGUUACCAGAAUAUUGAUAUUACCAACUUCAGCAGCAGCUGGAGUGAUGGGCUGGCCUUCUGUGCUCUCCUGCACACAUAUUUGCCUGCACAUAUUCCUUACCAGGAGCUCAACAGCCAGGAUAAAAAGAGAAAUCUGCUGUUAGCAUUUCAAGCUGCUGAAAGCGUAGGCAUCAAACCCAGCCUGGAACUCAGCGAGAUGAUGUACACAGACCGGCCGGACUGGCAGAGUGUGAUGCAGUACGUCGCCCAGAUUUACAAGUACUUUGAGACCUGAGAUGCAGAGCAAGAGGUGGACAGAAGUGGGGAAGAGAACAAAGAAUGCUACAGAUGCACUCGAUCACUUUAAAAACCCCCUUGCUCCUCUUCCACAGCCAACCUAAGCUCUUAGUUUGAAAGAAAGCGUAUCCGUAAUUUUAAUUGAAUGUGGGACUGCAGCCAACUAAAUAUGCAUUGCCCAUCUAUACAAACCAAAUUAAUCUGUAAUUUUAUUCCCGUGUGGAAAUUGCAAAGCAUUUUUGAACACACGUGGGAUAUUUCUGAAGAGGAUCCCUUGUACUAAACGGUGUUUGCCUCAAACCAGACUCCACCAACAAGAGACCUGCUACAAGAUGAAGUUCUAAAUCAAUGUGGACUAUGCUGGCACUCAAGGGAGGCUGGGAGAUUAAUAUAAAUACAAAAGCUCACAAAAUGCUCUUCUUGCCAAAACAUGUUUAACUCAUCCCAAAUACUUGUUGUUUUCUUGCCUACAUGUAUUUUAUAAGACAUCGAACACAUGCGCAUAAGUGUGUAGAACCUUAACCUGAGUUAUUCUCACACACCUGACCCAGUAACUAUUCUCAUUUGCUUGUCAUGGCUUAACCAGCAGGAUAAUAACAGGAUCAUUUGUAACUUGGAAACCACACUCUGUUCCAUCACGAGUGCGUGAACGAACUCUAAAAGAUGCUGUUAGGUGCUGGGACUCCGUUUCAGAUCAAACAGAAGUCAUCUCCUUGAGGAAAAAUAGCUUUAUUUCUACAACUUUCUUACUUGAUUAUUAUGGGAAGCCAGAGCUUGGUUUCCCAGCUGACUGUGCAGGCACAGUUAUCACAGGAAUUUUGCAAAUGCAAGUUACUAGCUUUAGUUUGCAAGAUGCUGGUAAUCAGGUGGUGACUCUAAGCAAUAUGGUGACAUCUUGGUAGUUCAUAUUUUUGUGGUUGGAGUAACUUCUUCCCUGUUGAUCCUGUAUAAUCAGCACAGAUACAUAAUUGCUGUGUAGAGGCACAGAUCCUGAGACAGCCUGUGCCCUGCCCAAUAAAAUGUAGUCCACAGGGCACUGUUACAUGCUUGGAAGUGAUGUUACCCUUUGAAGAAACACAGUAAUACAUUAGUACCAAUGAAAGUUGCAACUUCGCAAGUUGCAAAGAAUGUAACUGAAACCCCUCUCUGUGUCUCGCAAAUCUCUAAGGCGCCAGAGAACAGCUUUUCAGCUCAAUAAUGCUGUUAGCAAAAUGUCUGAAAUACAUUGUUUAAUUUCCAUUAUACCGUUUCUCUUAUUUCAGCUCAUGAAGUUAAAUUUGUUUGUUUCCAAGGACUGCAGGAUCAAACAGGCUGCUUAAUUUGUUCUAGGAGCAGGUUUUGGUGAGCAUGCUUCGUACAGGGCCUCAUAGAAAGCUGCUGAGCUGCUUUAGAUUAUGCUGGUGGAAAGAAGUUUAGUUGGCGUGUUUAACCUUGUGAGCAGACCUGACGCUUUGUGAAUGUUAAUCGUAGGGAGCUAGGGAUCAUUUCUGUCUUACAGAAGAUAAUAGUGUGUGCUCACUGCUCUUAACUCCUAUAAAAAAGGCUCAUGAAAUAGAAACAAGCGAUUCCACAGAAGAAACUUGGUUUCAGGUUUUCUGGGGCUUUGCAGGUGUCUGAUCUCAGCCUCUGGCUUCCCCAUAGUGCUUUGUUCUUUGGUUUGUUGUUGUGUUUUGGUUGGUUGGUUUUAGUACUAUUUAAUUAGUAAACAACUUAUUUCAGAUUUUGCUCUUUUUUUUUGGCAAAAUAAAGGAUUAAGGGGUAGAUGACAGUGGCCGAGGUCAGUGAGUGGAUUGAAUGGAAAGGAGGUUGGAGGAAUGCAGUGUGUGCCUUUUUUUUCAGAAGAAGAAAAGCAUCACUUGGUCAUAGUUUUAGUCUGACUCUUAUUCUAUUCCUUCACCCCCAAGAAAGUCUGAUUCCAAUCGUUUGAGAGACUGUGUGAUAGAAAGGGACAGUGGCACACACUUGAAGUGUCUUUGCACUCUGUGUCAUCCUGUCCUGUGAGAAAGUGAUUGUAAAUGCUGUCUAGUUAUUUCUUUGCAGGAGAAUACUUUCUAGAUCAAAUUAACUCUCCAGUAUUUUUCAGCAUACACUCCACCAUCCCUAGAGAACAGAGGAUGAGCUGCUCUAAGUGUUCUCAGAUACGAGUCUCCCAUUACGUGAUAAGAUGGAAGAGAACAAGAGCUGCUAAGCAGAGUUCAUUCAGGAAGGCGGCCGCGCUGCGGUGGAUGCAGCUGGCGCUUCUCCCUUGAGGAAUCCCUUGGCAGAGAUCCCCGUUCUCUCCAACGGGCUGUAGUUCAAAGGCGAGUGAAGUCAAUGCAGAAAAUUCCAUGUUCUUCAGUGGGCUUUGGAUCAGGCAUUUGCAGGGAUGAGAAAAACUAUUUGAAUUCCCAGCAUCUGGUAAACAUUUCAAAGUCCGAGUGCUCCAGUUGAUCUAAAAGAGAAUUAUAAUCUUAACCCUCUGGCCACUGCAUGUGUGUGUUCCAUGUGACUGUUAGAUGUACACUCAAUACAUAUGUUAUCUAGCAUGCCAGGAUCAUUUGCUUCAAGGGCUGUUCUGACAUUUAUUCUAAUCUGUUUCUCCAAGACUAACUCUAACCUUACAAAUCAUUCUAUUUGAUCUAGCAGGUUUUUUUAAGAUUAUUUUUGCAAAGCCAUGUUUCUGUCAUCUCUGUGUGGCUUUUUCUCCCGUGCCCCCCAGUAGCAUAGACCAAACAUUAAUUCUAACCAAUUUUAAUGACAUAUUUUAAAAAAUUUCCUAUCUAGGAAUUAGAACAAAGAGGGGUCUGACAGAAGGUAUUCCGUUUCACCAUUUGCUCAGUGGUACUUCCCAGUCCUCAAACCUGCAAAACAUCUCAUUUUGAAAUGCUGAUACUUUGAGACUGAGAGAUGCUCUUCUAGAUUAUUUUUUGAGAUUAAGUAUAUUAUUCAUUUAACUGUUACAAUAUUGCAUACUUUUUCUUUUGAAAGUUGCACAGUUACAUUUCUAGACAUGGAUUUUCAGAAAUUACUGUUUUUUCAUUCUGCCUUAAAGCUUGAAUUUGUCUCCCACAAGAUUCUACAGACCCACCUGAUUUUCAGAAAAUCUACAGGCCCUUGUAAAACAUCUUAAAAUUUAACUCCAAAAUCAAAUUCAGGCUGCCUUUAAAGUCAGACUUGGAUGGUGUAAUGUGUUGUAUCGGUAAGAGUUUGCCUAAACUGCCCCAAUCCUUCCUCAUUUUGCCUCUUAGGAGUGCCAGGUCUUUCCCUGACACAGGCAGAUGAAAUCUCUUCAACAUGUCACUAAAUGCUCCCUAAAUAUACCGUCACUCUCAAACAUACCUGCAUAUGAUAGUAUGUGUGUAGUCUGUCAGACUACAGGAAACAAAAUAGCUGAUUUUGGAUGAGCAUGUGAGAAGGAUGGUCAGGACGGGGAUUUUGGUGGAGUUCCAUGGAGAGGUAUCGCAUCCUAUGACUGUUGCACUAUAGCUGUUAGGAGAUUGGAGUGUGAAAAGUACACAGGCUGGCUUCCAGAAUUUCUGGGGAGUCGUAGAAGGUACAAAUUGUUUCGUGGCUUGGGAAGGUACAGAGGAGUUGAGAAACAAGCCCAGGGUCAGCCCUCUGAGAAGAGUUCUUUUUAGAAAGGCUGAUGAGUGUUUCUGAAGGUACAGAAUGAAAUGGAGUGAAAGGCUGGUGUGUGAGUAGAGGGAUGUAAAUGGGACAUGUGUAUUUGGGCCUUUGUGGACAGCAGAGAGCUUGAGAGUCCUUCCUGACUGUCUGGAGUGAUAUUUCUCUUCAGAGUGCAGCCUGGGGGGGAACUCAGAAGCUGAGGAGGGAAGAGCACAGAGCUCGCUGCCUCUGCCAGGGUCCCCUUCCUGUGCCCGGGACACUCAUGGGAGUGCAAAGGGGACAAGGAUUUCCUGGCUCUUCCUGUGCUGCAGCCGUAUUUGGCAGGCUGGUUUUUGCCUUAUGGAGAUUCUUUGGCUUCCUGUCAGUUGAGACAUUUUCGUUUUGUAAUUUGAAGCACUUUUUUACAGGUUUUCUCUAUGAUUUUUCUUCUUUUGUAUGUGCAACCAGUUCUGUGCAAGUUUUCUGCCCAAACCAAAUAAGCGCACAUUGGCAAAGUGACUGGUUCUUCCAUGUUGGAUUCCUGACCUGGAACUCUUCAAAACCUACUUUUUGGCUUCACUGACUUUCCUUUCCCACUUCCUUGGCAAUGGAGACAUGAGCACUGGCUCAUCCAGUUGUAGGUUUUUCGUACCUCCCUCCUCUCUCUGUGCUUACGGUACCGGGUCUUCCAGCAGGAAGUAUCUGACAGGGCCAGCGGUUUGCAAAGCUGUGCCUUGUGCAUCUGAUAGAAGGCAGAGUCUGUAGGGGAUGAGAUUAUGCAUUUCCCUGUCAGAAGAGGGCUUUUUGCCUAAAAAGACUCAGGGCACUGAGCAUUAAGACAUUUUUAAACCCAGCAAUAACUUCUUCUAUGCUAGACUAAUGGUUUGUACCAACUCCAGUGCCAUUUAGACUCACCACCAAUAUGGUGUAGAAUCCAGCUUCUAACUGAACUGCAGUUAACGUUUUUCUCGAUGGAUGGUCUCUACGUUUUUGACUUGCACGUGUGCCAAGUUCCACUGGGCAGUGCUGGACACAAUGUUUUUAUUGAUUAUUGGUUCAGGCUUGAGUUUGUUGUAUGGGAUAAUGACCUCUAACAGUCAAGUACUUUUAGCUUUCUCUAUUGGGUACAGAUGUUACAUCGUAAUCUAAUUUAUACAAAGAGCACAUUAGAAUGUAUAUACUAGGCAUUGCCAGAUUUGGACAUGCUAAUAUUUAAGGAUUAACAUUAUUAAAAUGUAUGAUGCAAAAAUCUGUGUAAUAUUUCUAAUAAAUCUUUUUCUGUUUCUGA